AUGCUUGAUGCUACUUGGAACAUUAUUUCUACCAAUUCUGAUCUUACUACUUCUAAUAUGGAUAAUAUGGAGACAAAUAAAACAAAUAAACAAAUUCCUUCGAAUAUUUCACCGCCAAGACGUAAAAGGACACGCGAUGAAUAUGUAGCAAUAUUAAAGAUGCCAGCUAAUGGAAUUGCGACGCGUCUAAGAAGUAGUAGAAGAGGACGUCCACCUAAAAGAACUCAUAAUAAUAAAAGGAGAAGGGAUUUAAAAUUUUAUCAAGAAAGUGCGGCACCGAUUUCUAAAGUUGAAUUUGAUCCACCAAAACCUCUUUCAGGAGAAGGAACAGUAAAUGGUGAUGGAACGAUAAAUGGUGGAAUAAAUGGAACAACAAUAAAUGAAACAACAAUAAAUGGAACAAAAAUAAAUGGAACAAAAAUAAAUGGAACAAAAAUAAAUGGAACAAAAAUAAAUGGAACAAUAAUAAAUGGAACAAUAAUAAAUGGAAUAAGUAAUGCUCCAUCCUACAAACCGCGCGCUAUAAUCCUCGCAGAUUGGGGUAUCGCUUUACGUAAAAAGUUUCUUUGUCAAUACCUUUUACAUGGAAAAGAUUUUUUAAAGAUUUCCACAAAUUUAAAUAAAACCCAUAAACAAGUGGUAGAAUUUUAUUAUUUAAUUAAACAUGACGGUGAUUUUCGUCGUGCCAAGGAACUUCGAAGGGAUACCGUCUUACACGCCGAAAAGGUGGAAGAACUUUUUGAAUUCGUUUUAAAAUACAAUCAAAAUCCCAAGGCUUGGCAGGGUGAUAAAAGGCGUGGAAGGCCACAAUUGGUUGAGACAGUUCGUACCGCAUUAAAUGAUUUUGCCAAAACUAAACUUGGGGUAAGUGGUGAUAAGGCGGCUCCCUCCAAAGAUGAUCCAUUAUAUUUAUUGUAUGUUCAAGCACUUAGAAAAUCAGUUGAUGCUAUUGCGGUUGCUGAAGUGGCACUCGAAGACAAUGAUACAAGUAAAGAAAGUGCUCAUGAUUUAUUGGAAAAUACUUAUGAAAUCAUCAUUUCAUGGUUAGACAAAGAAAAAGGUGCAUCGAUUACAGAUCCGAAAGUAUUUCGUGAUCUUGCCGCACAUUGGGAAAAAGAUUUUAUGGAAGAUAUGCGAACAUUAAAUGUUUGUCCUUCAGAUAUUUUAACGCGAGUUAGUGAAUAUGUACCCGAAAUUGUUAAAUAUAUUCAAAAGAUAAUUGAUAAUGGUUACGCUUAUGAAACUGAUAAUGAAAAACUUAUUGAAGAAGGUGAAGGUAGUUUGGGUAGUAAGUUACAAGGGAAAAAAAAUAAAAGUGAUUUCGCUUUAUGGAAAAAAAGUAAACCAGGUGAACCAUUUUGGGAAUCUCCUUGGGUUAUUGGUGAAAAUUUGGAUAUUCACUCCGGAGGAAUUGAUUUGGCAUUUCCUCAUCAUGAUAACGAAUUAGCACAAUCUGAAGCUUAUCAUGGAUGUAACCAAUGGGUUAAUUAUUUUAUUCAUGCCGGUCACUUAAAUCUUGAAGGUCAAAAGAUGAGUAAAUCUUUGAAAAAUUUUAUUACCAUAAAGCAAGCGUUAGAAAAAUAUACAUCUAGACAAUUACGAUUUUGUUUCCUUCUUCAUCAAUGGGAUUCAAAAUUAGACUUUAAAGAUUCUAGCCUUGCCGAAGCAAAAAAUAUCGAGACAAUUCUUAAUAAUUUCUUCGUCAAUGUCAAAGCUUUAAUAAAUGAACACAAGCACUCCGCAUAUUUAUCAGAUGGAACACAUCAAUAUCUCAAUCCCGAAAAAGAACUUUUAAAUGUUUUCCGAGGGAAACAACAAAACGUUCACGCAGCACUUUGCGAUUCAUUUAACACACCAACUGUAAUUUCGGAAAUAAUGGAUUUGGUUUAUAAAACUAAUAUCUAUAUCGCUAGUGGAAGGUCCAAAAUAAAUAUUAAUAUCAUUGAAAAUAUAGCAAAUUAUGUAACUAAGAUGUUAAGAAUUUUUGGAGUUAUAGAAAGUUCCGAAUCUAAAGAAAUUGGAUUUGGAGUAUCCGAAAAACAAAAAUCUGUUAACAAAGAAGAAAUUGUUCUUCCAUAUCUUCGCGUAUUAUCAAAUUAUCGUGAUAAUAUUCGUGAAUAUUCUAGGCAAAAAAAAGAUUUCAGUGAAUUUUUAAAAUUAAGUGAUAAUUUAAGAGAUGUGGAAUUAAUAGAAUUUGGAGUAUCAUUAGAUGAUCAAGAAGAUGGUAAGGCUUUGGUAAAAUUUGUAAAUAAAGAAGAACUUAUUAAAGCUCGGGAAGAAAAAUUAAAAGUUCAAGCGGAAAAAUUGGCAAGAAAAGAAGAAAUGGCUAAAGCUAAAGAAGAAGAAAGAAAGAAAAAAUUGGAACAAGGAAAAUUGGCACCAGAAGAUAUGUUUAAAAAUGUUAAAGGUGAAAAUGAAGAAAAUGCAUAUUCGGCAUUUGAUGAACAGGGAAUUCCAACUCAUGAUAGCAAAGGAGAAGAACUUGCUAAAAACAGGGUGAAAAAGUUAAAGAAAGAAUGGGAAACUCAGAAUAAAUUACAUACAGAAUAUUUAGCCUCUCUAGAACAAAAUAAUAACGAU